CCUGCAAGCCAGCCAUGUGCAUUCUUAACAACUGGUAAUAUAAAACAGAAAAAAUAUUCACCCAAAUUAUUAAAAGCCAUGUGAAUUCCAAUAAGUUUCAGUUGAUUGAUCUGAAACUCCCAGCGUUGUCUGACCAGAACAUUAAAAGCCAAGUGCAGCGACCGGCCGCUGUCAAGAGCUCGAGCUUCGUCAUGGUUCCCUCUCCAGGAAUACCACCUCGAAGUUCUUCGCCACCAAGUCUUGAAAAGCUGUAUCCACAACCACAUAAAGAGGAUGUGAAUCGACGAAUAUCAGCUAAAGGUUCUUCGCCACCAAGUCUUGAAAAGCUGUAUCCACAACCACACAAAGAGGAUGUGAAUCGAGGAAUAUCACCUCCAAGUUCUUCGCCACCAAGUAUUGAAAAGCUGUAUCCACAACCACAUAAAGAGGAUAUGAAUCGAAAGAAGCCUUCCAGUGGGUUCCAAGGUUUGCUUGAGAGUUGGCUUAAAUCCUGGACAGGCGAAACUCAAUCCAGCACAUGCAGAGCCAGCAAGUGGUAAUGUGCCAAACGGCUUGUAACUGAGUGGUAUUAAAGUCGUCCUCAGGAAUGCGAGUUUCGUGUAAUAAUUAUAUUGUGUUUUUUGAGAUUGUAACCUUUCUUGAUUUGAAUAAAAUAUUAGACCUUAUUUGGCAUA